AACGCAGCAAAAAGCCUGACGGAGGCAGAACAGAAGCGGCGCUGAACCGCUCAACUAUCAACAUUGGCUCAUUCCGUCGCAGGACUCAAACGCUCCACGGCGAUAUGGAGACGCCGGGGAGGACAGCAGCCGCACCGGACGCCCUGGACUUCACGGUGGAAAACGUAGAGAAGGCCCUUCACCAGUUGUACUAUGAUCCCAAUAUAGACAACAAGAAUCUGGCCCAGAAAUGGCUCAUGCAGGCCCAGAUUUCUCCUCAGGCCUGGCAGUUCUGCUGGGCUCUUCUGAGCCCAGACAAGGUGCCUGAGAUCCAGUACUUUGGUGCCAGCGCACUUCACACCAAGAUCUCCCGCUACUGGUCGGACAUUCCCACAGACCAGUAUGAAUCGCUGAAGAGUCAGCUGUUCUCUCAGAUUGCUUGCUUCUCCUCCGGCUCCAAGAUGGUUCUUACUCGGCUGUGUGUAGCCCUUGCCUCGUUGGCGCUUAAUACCAUGCCUGAAGCGUGGCCCAGUGCGGUGGCAGAGAUGGUACAGGUAUUCCAGGAGGAGGGGGGAGGGGUGGAUGGCCGAGCACGCUGCUUAGCAUUGUUGGAGCUGCUCACUGUCCUACCUGAAGAGUUCCAGACCAGCCGCCUGCCACAGUACCGAAAGGGACAGGUGCGGGGUGCCCUGGGCAGGGAGUGGAGCUCAGUGUGCCCCUUGUUGCAGCAACUGCUGCAAAGGACGGACAGUCCCGGAGCAGUGAAAGCUCGCGUGCUGCGCUGCCUGUCGUCCUGGGUGCUGCUGGAUGUUCCCCUCAGCGAGAGCGAGGGCCUGGUACAUGACUGCUUCAGUGCGCUGCCCGACCCAGAGCUCUUUGACACCGCUGUGGAGGCGAUAGUAAAUGCCAUCUCGCAGCCCGACUCCCAAAGAUAUGUGAACACUUUGCUGAAACUGGUUCCCCAAGUGCUGGCUCUUCAGGAACAGCUCAGGGAGGCUGUACAAAAUGGCGACAUGGAGACGUGCCAUGGCAUCUGCCGUAUUGCUGUCACACUGGGAGAGAACCACUCCAGGACUCUGUUGGAGCAGGUGGAUCACUGGCAGGGUUUUCUGGCUUUAGUCAACAUGAUCAUGUUUUGUACAGGCAUCCCUGGCCACUAUCCGGUCAACGAGACUACCAGCUCUCUCACACUCACGUUUUGGUAUACGCUACAGGAUGAAAUCAUGUCAUUUGAGUCAGGCAAGCAGGUGGUGUAUCUGCAGGUCUACAGGCCCGUUUAUUUCCAGCUGGUGGACGUUUUGCUGCAUAAAGCUCAGUUCCCUUCUGACCAGGAGUAUGCAUCCUGGUCGUCGGAUGAGAAAGAGCAGUUUCGGAUCUAUAGGGUGGACAUUUCAGAUACACUCAUGUAUGUGUAUGAGAUGCUGGGAGCAGAGCUGCUGAGUAACCUCUAUGACAAACUAGGGAGGCUUUUGACUAACACAGAACAACCUACAUCAUGGCAGCACACAGAAGCUUUGUUGUACGGCUUCCAGUCCAUAGCAGAGACGAUAGAUGUGAAUUAUUCUGAUGUCAUCCCGGGCCUGAUAGGCCUUAUCCCCAGAAUCACCAUCAACAACAUCCAGCUAGCUGACACAGUCAUGUUUACUAUAGGUGCUCUGGCUGAAUGGCUGGCAGACCAUCCUGUGAUGCUGAGCAGUGUCCUGCCCCUUGUGCUGCAGGCUUUAGGGAACCCUGACCUUUCAGUUUCUUCUGUCUCCACUCUCAAAAAAAUCUGUAGGGAGUGCAAAUAUGACUUGCCACCCUAUGCAACCAAUAUAGUCGCUGUCUCUCAGGAGGUGCUCAUAAAGCAGAUUCACAAGACGAGUCAGUGUAUGUGGCUUAUGCAGGCCCUUGGCUUCCUUCUCUCUGCUCUCCCUGUGGAAGACAUCUUAAGAAAUCUUCAUUCGCUUAUCACCCCCUACAUUCAGCAACUGGAGAAGCUCGCUGAUGAGGCGCCUAAUCCCUCAAACAAACUAGCAAUUAUCCACAUCUUGGGGCUGCUUUCCAACUUGUUCACUACACUUGAUAUCAGUAAGCAGGACGAUGAGUCAGGAGAUGGUUCAGCACCACCUGUGAAAACCGUGCCUCCUCCACCUGGACCAAAUCCGGUGGUGGUGGUUUUGCAGCAGGUCUUUGCUCUCAUACAGACUGUUCUCAGCAAAUGGCUCAAUGAUUCACAAGUUGUUGAGGCAGUGUGCGCUAUCUUUGAGAAGUCUGUGAAGACUCUGCUUCAUGAGUUUGGUCCCAUGGUGUCUCAACUAAGUGAGAUGCUUGGCCAGAUGUACAGUACCAUUCCCCAGGCCUCAGCCCUCGAUCUCACUCGACAGAUGGUGCAUAUCUUUGCCAGUGAGACAGAUUACUUCACACCUAUCAAGGCUCUGUUUGAGCUCGUUACCUCGGUAACACUGUCCAUCUUCCAGCAAGGACCCAGGGAUCAUCCUGAUAUUGUUGAUUCAUUUAUGCAACUCCAAGCUCAGGCACUCAAACGGAAACCCGAUUUGUUCUUGUCUGAGAUUCUUGAUGUGAAAGCGGUAUUCCACUGUGGAAUUCUAUCACUCAAAUUUCCUGAAGGUCCAACAGUCAAGUCAACGUGCUUGUUUUUUACUGAACUGUUACCCCACUGCUCAGAUGUACCUCCAUUGGCCAGUGUCAUGCAAGAGGAGGGCAAACUGUUGGUUCAGGCAGUAUUGGAGGGGAUUGGAGGUGCAGCAUCUCGUAGUUUGAUGGAGCAGUUUGCAGAAGUGUUGUUCAGUUUGAACAAGCAUUGUUUUGCUUUGCUAGCAGUGUGGCUGAAGGAGGCACUGCAGCCUCCAGGAUUCCCAUCGUCACGGGUCACAACUGAACAGAAAGACAACUUCUCACAGCAGAUUCUCAGAGAGCGAGUGAAUAAGCGGAGGGUGAAGGACAUAGUGAAGGAGUUCACACUGCUGUGCAGAGGGCUCCAUGGGACAGAGUAUGCUGCUGAAUACUGAGAUUAUCCUUGAACUCUGUGACCUCUGUCCUCCACAAAUAUUUUACCAUAACAAUACAGUUGCUACAAACAAGAUCACUGACGAUUUCAAGAAAUGAUUGUAAUGUUGCCUGCCCUGCUACAGUACAAGAUGUGGAGCUGAUCCAGCAAAGACCUGCCAUUGGAUUAAUGGACAAAAUUAAAUAUCCAGUUAUUUUAUGGAAGCUAUUGUAUGAUCUUUUUUUUCUUCUGAUUUCUUCCUCUCCCAAUGUCUGUUUCUUUCUUUCUUUUUGUUUCGUUGUAAUUUUUGAUAAGCGCUCUGAACAGCGUGACGAGCAUACUGCUGGUCAGAGCCUCUUCAGUCUUGUUCUGCCUUUCUAGAUCUUCCUGUGGUAACUUCAUUUUAUUUUAUUUUUUUCUGGUGACUAGCAUUCAUAUGAGAAGGUCGCACAUCAUGUAGCUUAUUGACACACACACACACACAUAGUCAGUCCUGCUGCUGCUAAUGGGAAAAUGCAAGGAAUGAAGUCAGGGCGAAAUUCUUCACAGGAACCACAAACUGGUCAAAUAAUAUUUCCAGCCACUCGGCGCUCUGAAAUAUCAUGAACUGUUUUGUAAAUUUGUCUAUUAUGGAUAGAAUUUGCCUUUUGGUGGGGAGAAAAAAUGCUGAAGAGACAUACGUGCUAUUUUGCCAAGCCCUCAUGCCUGUUUUUUUGGGGGCGGGGUGGGGGGGAGGAAUGGAGCUGUACCUACUGUACAUUCAGUCCCACUCAUUCAUACUGCAUUCUGUUUGGGUUGGAAAGUACCCCAUGUACCCACUGGUAAAGCUGGACUGCUCAGAGUGCUGUGCAUAAGAAAGAACAAAUACAUGUCUUGUGCCGAGAAAGGGGGAUGAGAUGAUAACAGGUCACGCUGAGGGAUUAAAUAAUCCAGAUGUUGGAUUUAUUAGUUACUGUAAUCGUGCAAAAUUAUUAACCAAGUUGUGCAUAUUAACAGUUAUUGAUGAACACUUAUGUGUAUUUGAGUGUGUGUGUUCAUAGAUAUGUGUAUGAGCGGUUGUGUCUGCACAGAUGUAUCUUUAGCCACUUUUCAGAGCACUUCUAUUGGACCUACAGUUCACAUGCAUAUUUCCUAUCUUGUGAAAAAAAGAACCAUUUUCACACACCUUAUUCUUUUAAACCAAUCUUAAAGACUGACCAGGCAUACCCAAUAUUUCAUGUCUACUGCUCACCAGCAGUCAACACCUGUCCAGUAGCCUCCUAUAUCAUGUUGGGUGACCGGCCGCUGAUAAUCAUUGACUGUUCUAUUGUACUGAUCUGCACAACAAGGAUGGCUCUUUUAACAAAUGUUGAAAAUCUGUUGAACCGUCUGGGCCCACUGUCUUGGAGGGGACCGAGAAGGAUUAGUGUUCAGCAGCUAGACUUCAGAUCUCGAAGAAAGGUUGUCAUCAUUUGGAAAAAUUCUAUACUUAUUAACGUUAUUGAUGAAUUGAUAUGACUGUGAUAAUAUAUACACUGUUCCAUGGAUAAGCAAGGCCACAACUAA